AUGGCCACCGAGACGGUAGUGGCCACUCCGCCUGCCAAGUACGAGUUCACCUUCAGCGACUUCCUGCGGCGCGAGUAUCGAUUCGGUCUCGACCCAAACCGGCCAGCAUGCAAAGCAUACCUGCAGGGCCACUGUCCGCUGGGCAACGGCUGCCCGGACAAGCACCAGAUGCAGUCAUCGUACACCAACCUUGUCUGCAAGCAUUGGCUCCGUGGCCUCUGUAAGAAGGGCGAGACAUGCGAAUUCUUGCAUGAAUACAACCUCCGCCGCAUGCCCGAAUGCUCCUACUACGCCCGCACGCAGACGUGUUCCAACGGCGAUGACUGCUUAUACCUCCAUAUUGACCCCGAUUCUAAGCGCCCCUCCUGCCCGCACUACGAUCGUGGCUUCUGCCCCCUUGGCCCAUCGUGCGCCCUAAAGCACAAUAAAAGAGACAAACUGUGUCCAUUCUACCUGGCCGGAUUUUGCCCUGAAGGAAAGGCUUGCAGGAAUGGUGCCCACCCCCGGUUCCCCUUAGAUCUCCCCAAGCCGCAGGUGAAGGUCGAAAAGACAGCGGAAGAGCUCGAAAGGGAGCGUGUCGAGAGAGAGCUUGAGCGGGAGAAGGAGGAACAGCAGGAGCGUGAGCGUGAGGAGCGGAACCCGCACCAAGGAGGUGGACACAAGUUCCGAGGCAAUUGGCACGGCGGUGGUCGCAAGAAGGGUCGUGGGAGGCAGCACCGUCGAGCUGGGUAUUGA